AUGGAGUCCGAGUUCAGAUUUUCUGAAACUAUCACCUCCAACGAUUUAAUCUCUAAAAAUCUCGUGAUGACCUCUCCGGGCGUCGAGAAUCUCGACUCUUUCCCAAGGCGUACUCAAAGAGACAUUCGCCCGAUUUACCACGAAAUCUAA